AUGAGGGCAGUGAAUGUUACUAUUGCUAAAAAACUUAACCUUGAUCCACACGUCUUAGCUAACUACAGACCACUAGCCAACCUUCCAUUUUUGUUCAAGAUUCUAGAGAAAGCAGUUGCGGGUUUUCUUCAAUUUGCAGGCUUUCAAUCAGGAUUUAGGAUGCACCACAGUAAAGGAACAGCACUCGAAAAAGUGACAAAUUACCUCCUCACUGCCUCAGACAAAGGCCUUGUUUCAGUACUAGUUUUAUUAGAUCUUACAGCAGCAUUUAACACAAGUGACCACUGAAUUGUAAUACCGAGAUUAGAACAUGCCCUCAGCAUUAAAGAAACUGUAUUAAAAUGGUUUUAGUCCAACUUGUCAGAUCUCCUGCAGUUUGCAUUCAUUUCUAACAAAGAAACGAUACACGUGAAGGUCAGCCAUGGCAUCCCACAGGGUUCCAUACUCAAACCUGUACUGUUCAACAUUUAUAUGUACCCAUUAGGCAGUCUCUUUAUAAAACACUCCAUAAUGUUCCACUGUUACGCAGAUGACACAAACCCCUAUCAAUGAAACCUAACAAAACUAGUUAGUUGUCCAAACUCCAAACAUGCCUCUAAAUACAUCAAGAGCUGCAUGACCUCAGAUUUCGCAUGAUUAAAUUCAGAUAAAACUGAAAUCAAAGUCCUUGGUGCUCAACACCUCAGAGACAAGAUUGCAAAUGAGAUAAACGCCCUAGAUGGUCUUGCAAUCAGCACUGUCAGGAACCAUGGCGUCAUCUUUGAUCAAGAUCUUUCCUGUAAUUCAAGACAAGUGUCAAGAACAGCAUUUUUUCAUCUACAAAACAUCAAAAAACUCAGAAAUUUCCUGCCACUACCAGAUGCCGAAAAGCUUGUUCAUGCUUUUGUGACCUCCAGGCUGGAUUAUUGUAAGUCCCUGUUAAUAGGUUGCCCUAAUAAAGCUUUAAAGAUACUCCAGUUGAUCCAAAACACCGCUGCACGAUUCUUAACCAGAACCUGAAGAAGAGAUCAUAUGUCACCCGUACUAGCUUCACUGCACUGCUUACUUGUGAAAUUAUGAAUUUGAGUAAAAAUUCUCCUUCUUACAUAUAAAGCACUACCUUGUCAGGCACCGACGGCCGCCACACAGAGCCUGGGCUCCGUUCAAGUUGGCUUCGCUUGA